AUGGCCAGCCUCGACUCUGUCACUCUCCUCUCCGAGGCAGCCUUCGGUUGUGAGCACCUUGCAGCCAUCAUGCAGGACCAGUCUACGGCUGGCCUGUUCAAGGAUGGCUACCGCAAGCAGUAUGCGGCCUUGGCACCUUACACCAAGCCCGAGACUGCUGCGGUGCCAACCAGCGGCUUGCGGACAGUGGCUACCCUAAAGCCCAAAUACCACUGCUUGAGCUGCUUCGAGGGCUGCCUCAACACGGAGCGUGAGGCUCACACCAAGAAGACCGGCCAUGCGUUUUUCAUGGAGUCUCGGAACCGGUACGUCUUUUGCGAGACUUGCGGUGACUUUGUUUAUGACCACGGUCUUGAAAGACUGUGCGGCCCUGCAGGUAAAUUCGAAUACCAGGGCCGGUGGACUGAAGACUCGGCAUCUGAAGUCUACGUCAAAAACAACGCCUACAAGAACCCCUGCUCUCGCCGUGGGGCCCGAGGCGUCUGGAACAUGGGCCAGACAUGUUAUCAGGCCCGCAAUCUGUGCAUGGGUUGCGCCGCCACCGAGGUCUUCAUGGAAUUCAACAGCGGCGAGCGGACGGACGCAGUGUCGGCGGCAACCCUGUUGUACCAUGGCUGGGAUCUGUCACGCGAAAUGGCCGGGUAUCGACAGCAAGAUGCCCAUGAGUACUUCCAAUUCCUGGUCAACGCCUUGCACGCCGCGACCCCUGGUCACUCGGAAAGCUACGACACCAAGUGCGAGUGCUUCUUCCAUCGCACUUUCUACGGUGAACUUCGUAGCAGCGUCAUGUGCCACAAGUGUGGUAAGACCACUCACACCUUUGACCCGAUGAUCGACUUGAGUCUCGACGUGCAACUUCAGAACAAGAAACGGAAGCUCGGUCGAUCAAGUGCACCAGGCAGUGCCUCCUUAAUCAACUGUCUGGAGAGUUUCACCGCUGUCGAGGAUCUCCAGCAUCAGACCGAGGCGGCCUACCACUGCGAGAAAUGUGGAAACACGCCCCAGCGAGCAUCAAAACGACUGCAGAUCAACAAGCUCCCGGGGAUUCUGUGCAUGCAGUUGAAGCGAUACGAACACAACUCAUCGUCCUCCGAGAAGAUGGAUGGUCAUGUUGAUUUCCCGGUCACUCUGAACAUGCUGCCAUACACGGUUAAGAAGGACAAAGAGCGUGUCGAUACUUCCAACUAUCUGUAUGACCUGUCCACCGUCGUGGUUCACAAGGGAGCUAUGGAUUCCGGCCACUACUACUCUUACACCCGACUUAGUGGCGACAAAUGGGUUCUGAUGGAUGACAACAAAGUCACCGUUGCCAGUAUCGCCGAUGUUCUCAAGCAGGACGCUUAUCUUCUCUUCUACAGCAUUCGUGCUAUUCACCCUGAUAAGUGA